CAUACUCCCACGACCAUUUCUAUACAGGAAUAUUUUCAAACCUAUAUCACAAUAAGAGAAUACUUCACUCAUAUAACCCACUCUAUAUGUCCUUUGUAGUUCGAAUAGCCUCAUUUCAUCCCAGAACUGAUCACUAAUCAUGCGGGGUAUUACCGAACCUCGGCUUUCGGUAUGACUUCAUUUAAGUACUCAGGUACGAGCACAGGGGCAUGGUUUCAACUUUUCCAACCUCUAUCUUUUCCAGAUAAUCGCCAGAUAUUACUCAAUUGAAAAUGUCAGAAGUACAUCUCGACAAUUUCUCCUCGCUCUUCUCCCUCGAUGGCAAAGUCGCCGUCGUCACCGGCGGUUCCAGGGGUCUAGGACUCCACGCUGCGUCAGGUCUUCUCCAAGCUGGCUGCUCCAAAGUCUACAUCACAUCGCGAAAAGCCAGCGCCUGCGAAGAAGCCGUCGCCACGCUCAACGCGCUCCCGAACAAGCGCCUCGGCGCGCAAGCCAUCUCCGUCCCCGCCGAUAGUUCGCGCAUGGAUGAAUUGGAUAGACUCAUUGCUGAAGUGAAAAAGACAACGGACCAUGUGGAUAUCCUGUUUGCGAAUGCGGGCGCGACAUGGGGCGAGAAAUUCGAGACGCACCCCGAGCAUGCGUUUUCGAAGGUUAUGGAUUUGAAUGUCAAGAGUGUAUUUUAUUCGGUGCAGAAAUUUGCUCCUCUCCUCUCCCAAUCCGCAACCCGCGAGUCCCCCUCCCGAGUAAUCAUCACCGGCUCCGUCGCAGGCAUCGGCGUCGGCUCUCUCGGCGAAAAUGCCACAUUCAGCUAUUCCGCUUCCAAAGCCGCCGUCCUCCAUCUAACCAGGAACCUCGCUCUCGAACUCGGUCCUCGGCAUAUCCUCUGCAACGCGCUUGCGCCUGGGUUCUUCCCGUCGAAGAUGGCGUCCGGGUUAAUUGAGAAGCAGGGCGGGUUGAAGGCUUUGGAGGAGGAGAGUCCGAAUAAGAGGUUGGGCAGGCCGGAGGAUAUUGCAGGGGCAGUUAUUUAUUUGGGGAGUCGGGCGGGUAGUCAUUUGAAUGGGGCGACGAUUGUGUUGGAUGGUGGGAGUGUGUUGAAGAGCAAGCUGUGAGGGGGGUGGUUGUAUAUAAUGUGUUGUGUAAUGGAUAUCAAUACGUCAGGCCUAUCUACCUAUCGAGUUAUCUGAUCUCAUUUUUGGCAUCGCAUCUCGUGUCCUGAGAUUUCCGAGAAGACAGCAAGUCCGCUAAACUGCUCGACGAGGGGGAAUCCCGGAUCCCUUAUACCACAGGCUGGCGGUUUACUAUCCAACAUGUCCCCCAUCCUCCCAUAAAUUGAC